AUGAACGGUCAAUCGGAUUACAAAGGACAGAGGACAGCUGGGAUGCGCGGGAUGAGUAUGGAUAAUAUUCUAGGUGAUCCAUUCGCGCUGGCUACUAUAUCUAUCGCCAUGCUUGCGUGGUUUAUUGCUUUCAUUGGAUCGAUACUGGCGACUGCAUCACACCCUCCUGGUGAUGGAUUUCCAAAUUAUUCAUGGUUCACUAUUGCAUAUAUGCUGUGUUGCAUUCUAGGUAUAUUCGUUGUGAUAGCAUCAGAUACAACCCAAACCUACCAUGUUGCCAUUGUUGGAUUCUUGGCCACUGGUCUCGUCCUAACAAGUUCAUCCGUCAAUUCAUUGAUUUAUUCUUCGAAUGGAGCGAAAGAAGCAACCGCUGCUGGACAUAUACUUCUUUCUAUGGUUGCUAUUGUCUGGAUGUUCUACUUUGGAUCAACACCUUCAGCUGUACCUCGAGCAUACCUUGAUUCAUUCGCACUUCACAAAGACCACAGAGUAUCAUCAGGAAGAGGAAUGUCUACGGCUUAUGGAAAUGGAUAUGGGCAUGGAUAUGGAAAUGGUCGACCGGAUACUUCAAUCUCUUCAAACGUUCCACCACAAAUGUAUACCUCAGCUCAAUUAGGUGGCUUCGAAACAUCUUCACCAGUAGCAGGAUUCCCAGGAGGUGCCGCAGGAGCAGAACGUAAUUCAUCACAACCAAGAUUUGGAGCUAGUAACCUUGGGCCAAAUGGAGCCAUGGGCUCAGAAUCUACACCAGGAGAAGUCGUACAACCCACAGAAUAUCCAUACCGAGCGAAGGCCAUAUACUCUUACGAUGCCAACCCCGAUGAUGCGAAUGAGAUCAGUUUCGCCAAACACGAAAUAUUAGAAGUUUCAGACGUAAGUGGGAGAUGGUGGCAAGCUAAGAAAGAAAAUGGAGAUACCGGAAUAGCGCCCUCGAAUUACCUGAUUUUAUUAUGA